ACGUUGUCCAGUUUAAAGUCUGACAGACGUGCUGUCGGUGAUCAAGCAAGCUCUGUUUCUAUUUACAAACAAUCGCGAGUGUACGCGCCAACUGUGUGAAAGUAUUAGUUUAAUUUUUUGAGGUGCCAUCCGAAAUGCAUCCAACGGGAAUGUUAGACCGCGAUCAGAGGACUGCUAAAAUUCCCCUGUUCCUUAGUGAUAAGCAAGUGCCAAAAACAAAUAGUUUUCGGGACAGUACUGAAAAUUCCAGUUCCACUUCGAACCGUAGCAGUAUUAUUAGCAGUACGAAAACGAGUACAAGAUUUCUAUACUUAAAUUGGAGAAAAGGAUACUUAAUACACAGUUUUCAACGUCUCAAAAACGUCCUAUUAGUAUUAGUCUACCUCACCUUGAUAACCCUGCCAUCUUCUAGUUCAGCCCCGUUGAGUAUGGAUCGUAAACAAAAUCCUAGAUGGGUCAAUCCCUGUGGUAUGCCUGAGGACACAACGGAUUCAAUUUCCAAACUGAAUGCUAGCGAGAAAAGGGAAUUGCUGUUGCAGAUCUCAAAGCAGGCUGGAAUUGCUCUCAGACAUGCAGAGGCUUUCAAAGAAAAUUUC